UUAAUCGGCAGUGGCAGUAAGCUGGUAAUGUUAUCAUUUCUGGUGAUUUGUUAAUGAUUAACAUUCAGUCGACUUUCUAAGUCACCUCUCCGGUCAGUGCCCUGGAAGGCACACAAGGCAAGACUGAGCUUUUCUGUGAAACAGGCUUGUUAUUGUGACUUUUCCUUCAACUCUGCUGCUUCAUUUUUUAUAUUUUAGGGUUUGGAAAUAUGUGUUCAGUUGAGCAUUGUGGCAUCAGGUGCCAGUGGUGACUUUUGCUCUGGAGUUUCUCUCGUGUGUGAGAAAUGCCAGCUGCUCCUCCUCAUGGAUGUGGCAACGAUACCUCGCUCCCCAUGUGCUACGAGGAGUCAGCAGGUCCACUCGCUGUGAUUAUCAUCCCUUGUCUGUUGGCUCUGAGCACAGUUUUGGUGGUGGUUCUCAUUUUCUGCAGUCUCCACAGGAAGAAACUAAGAAUGCAGAGCACCUCAACUGAUUUUACAAAUGGCCAGCAGAGUGUAUCCCCGACUGCAGUUUCUGUGAGCACUCCCAAGGUUCAGGCUUUGUCUUCCUGGGAAAUCCCAGAAGAGUGCGUUCUUGAGGGACUAAAGAUUUGGCAGAAGGGCCGCCAUGGCCCUAUUUGUAAAGGUGUGCUGAAGGAGAGAGAUGGAGCCUCCUCUGCUGUCGUGGUUAAGUCCCUCCGAGAUGGCACCAACCAGCCUGAAGCUAAGGAGUUUAUGGACUGGGUCCUCUUCCAUGCCAGAGUGUGUAAACAUGAGAAUGUGGUGCGGAUGUUGUACUGUCAGACCAAGCGUCUGCCCAUGUAUCUGGUCUUAGAUGCCUGCAGCCCAGGGAACCUCCUUCACUUCCUCUGGACGCUCAGAAAUAAGAAUUCAAACGUAGCUGAUCCAUCACUGAACUUCUCAGAGAGGUCAGUGUUUCUGGUGGCAAAGCAGGUUGCGGCUGGGCUGGAUUAUCUGAUGUCAAACCACAGACUGGUGCAUGGUGAUGUUGCUGCCAGGAACAUCUUAAUUGGUCCAGGCCUGUCUGCCCGGGUGUCUGGUCUGGGCGUGGCAUUUGGAGGGCACAAAAUGGAUUCAGCAACGAGGCGGAGGGCAGCAGAGGUGCCUCUCAAAUGGCAAGCUCCAGAGAGGAUUAUGAUGCAGCUCAGUAUCGACAGGAGCGACGUGUGGUCAUUUGGAAUCUUGCUGUAUGAACUAAUUACUUUAGGCUCUCCUCCAUACCCUGAGCUGGAGCCUCUGUCUGUGCUUCCGAAGCUACAGGGGUCUUAUCGAAUGAAGAGGCCGGAGAACUGUGGAGGACCCUUGUAUGACCUGAUGAAGUACUGUUGGAUGUGGAGCUUCAAGGACCGACCUGCAUUCUCAGCAAUCAUAAAGCUGUUGCAGUCCUCACUGCAUCUAGCAGCUACUAAAGCCAUUUGUGUGCCUGAGGUCAUUGACAUGGUCGAGUAUAACAGAAAGGCAGGACUGCUCUCAUAGACUUGUAUGCUACCCACAGCAACACCCACGAAUAGGACAUAUAUAAAGUGUGAUUACCAUGUAAUAUCCACUGCGUACUGUUCAGUGUCUAUCAAACAUUGAUAUAAACAAACUGAAAGCAAAUCAUUGUAUUAUUACCUCUUUAUUGUCAAAAAUGUACAGACUCAAAAGCAAAGAUCUUAUUAUUCAUUAAGAUCUUUCUUUCAUCAUUGGGGAAAGUACAGUUUUUGUAUCUGUAAUGCUCUUGGCAUGCAUACAUUACUGUGACUUUACAGUUUGAAAACCAAAACACCCACACAGGAAAGCUUAAUGCACUGCUGAAUGUACUAGAAUAGAUUUGUGUUCAGUCUGUUUUUGCACUAUGAAUUGUAGAUUUUCUUCACAACGCCGGUUCGACAUAAAUCAUGUCAAGAACCACAAUGUGUUUAAAUGUAUAACAGAUCCGGAAGACAUGACCUUCCCCUAAUGGAGCACUGUUAGGGAGACUCAUUUGGAUAACUCAUAAAUUGCUCUGACACCUCUGAUUACAAGCUCAAAGAUGACGGUUUGAGCAGGAAUGUAAUGAGUCAGAAUUUAAAUAUGAACUGUCAGUAGCUUUUAGUGCUGAGAACAGAUAUAUUUACUCUGUGCUAUCCUGAACAAAGAUCAUAGCAGAAAGGUGUCCUUAAAAACUGGUCUACAAAAAA